CUUUGUCCAAGUAAAUUGUCGAAACGCUAGCACCAUGAAGGCGGCAUCAACAGCCAACGAAGCUGACACGGUGACACUUCUCAGUCGCAUGAUCAAGACAGCGACUGCAUCCUUGUCCUCUUCCUCCAUCGCGUCGCUUGUGUCCAGCGAAUCCCGCGCGGCCACACCAACAGCAGCGUCAUCGAUGGCCGCGAAUCUCCCUCGACUAAGAGCUGGCCGGUUGCUCCUCGAAGUCCAAGGCAUGCAGCGAAAGUGGGAAUCGUACAUCGUCGCUCUUGUCGGCACUGAUGUCACCAAUCUCACACUCUACUACUAUAAGGAUGCCGCAGACAAGCUCCCCACGGGCAUGAUCCGUCUGCACAGUGCCAGCGUCGACCUCAUGGAAGAAGUAUUUUGCGUCAUUACCCUCGAACAGACGUGGUACUUGUGCGCAGACACACCCCAUGACGCGGAAGAAUGGGUCGAUCUCAUUUGCACCACGCUGGAAGCGGCGGCCAUGGAUGCGCCGUUUCCAUCGCAUGCCGAUCCCCCUGCAUCCUCCAACAUCGGCGAUGGCGGUAGUCGACGUCGGCGGCUGUCGAGCCACAUCACCACCUCCACAGUCCAAGAGAUCCAAUCCCGCGACAUGAGCACCCGCGUCGACGAAUUCCUCGAGAUGUACGUGCGAUCAGACGAGACGGACAUCCGCAGCCAGGCGGCGCGUGGGGCCUUGUCAUGGUCAUGCUUGCGCAACAUCACAUGGCGGCUCUGGUUGGGGUGUCUGCCCAUGGACGCGCCGUUGGGGGAGUGGGUGGACAUCACAAGACGACACCGGCGUCGUUACGACCAGCUUCGCGCCAAGCAUGUGCCAAGGGGCUUGUGUGGGCACGACGAGGACUCAAUGAGACAUCCCGUUGUGAUGUAUGACGAGGCGUUGUCGUUCGUGACCAACGACUUGGACGACCAUCCAACCGAGAAACGAUCAGAGGAUGAAGUCGCGCAUAUGAUCUGGAAAGACGUGCGUCGAACGAGAAGUACCAUGCAGUUCUUCCAGAACGACCGCAUUCAACGCACGUUGCUGCAUGUAUUGCUCGUGUACGCCGCGGAACAUCCCACAAUCUCAUACAAUCAAGGCAUGGGCGAGCUCUUGGCCGUCCUCGUGUACUUGUUGCAUGUGGAACGAUGGAGUAGUCCCAGCCGUGACGUUGCCGAAGUAUCCAUCGACGACCAAAGCGAAGAAGACUCGUAUGUGCAUGUGGAUAUGGUGGACGUCGACACGACAAAUGUGCUGGACGCGACCGGUUUGCUGCAGAUGCGACCCUUCGCAGCGAUUAAAGCCACGUGCACGCCGUACGUCCGACCUUUCAUGCUGCCACGCGACGAGGAAAUAUCCCAACAUUGACACCGUAUCGAAUGGGAAUAUUCCCUCUAGGAACUGCAAACAUGCCGUGGCUACGCUCUUGGCGACCCUCACGGACGACCGCUUCCUCGAGCACGACGCGUUUGCCUUGUUUGAACAAGUGAUGGAACGCAUGGCCCCCAUGUUUUGUCCGCACGCCACGUCUUGUGACCGUCGUGGAGAAUUUUCCCCACGUCGGGACGACUCGUCCCUCCUUCAAGCGCAAUGCGACCACAUCCACAACGUCCUCCUGCGCCGAGUGGACCCGGUGCUCGCAGCACAUCUGCACUCGUUUCACAUUCCCCCAGAAGUGUACUUGCUCCGGUGGCUCCGCCUCCUCCUCGCGAGGGAAUUUCCCAUGUACCAAGUGUGGGUGAUUUGGGAUUCCAUCUUUGGGCUUUCUCCCACGGAUUUUGCAUUCGUCGACAUGCUGUGCGUCGCCAUGUUGCACGACAGCCGCACGCUUCUCCUCGCCCAAGAUGACACGACUGGUUUGCUCCAUGCGCUCAAAGAGCUGGGCGGUAGCCACAGCAAACUCGUGGAAAGUGCGCGGAAAAUGCACACCCAGCACCAACUCGACGCCCUCUAUGAGAACUUUCAACGACGUUAAGGAAAACUCGCACGAAAUUAUCCAUUGGGAACAUUCCCCAUGUGUGUUGUGUCGC